GUAGACAACAUACUCCAUACUCGCAGUCAGCAAAACAAUAUAUUGGAUUCCCCAAGAAUCCCAAGAUCACGAUGCCAUUGCCCAAGAAGAUGAUGAAAACGAAGAACCCAUCGAAGCUCCAGGUGGAGCAGCCCCAGGCUAAGAAGCCCAAGGUUAAGAAGCCCAAGGUCAAGACUAAGACCAAGGUCAAGGUAAAGGUCAAGGUGAAGGGCAAGGGCAAGGUGGGGGGAUCGGGAUCGAGCACCUCGCUGGCGGAACGGGGCAGUGGUGAUGGACCCACCCAGGUGGCCGCCCAGCCCAGCCUGGUGGCGCUCCACUUCAUGGACAUCUCGCUGCGCCACUCCGACGUCCAGCUGCUCCAGUCCGCCCACGAGGGCGUCAACGAGCGGCUGGUGGCCUUCCACUACGCCCACCUCCAGCACCGGCGGUACCGCUCCGAGCCGGACCUGCACUUCCUCAAUCCGGCCCUGGUCGCCCGCCUCCGCCACAUGGACAUGCGCCAGCUGUGGACCCUGGUCCGCGACCGCCGCCUCCACGAGAAGCAGUUCAUCUUGCUGCCGCUGGCCACCCACCCAAGAGCCCAUGGACACUGGUCCCUUCUGGUGGUUUCUCGUCCGGAUGGCAAGUUCUACCACUUCGAUUCGCUGGACAACUGCCACUCGCUGCUGGCCUCCUCGGUUUCGGAAACUUUGCGAGCGCCCCUCGAGGCCUGGAAGUUCGUCCUGGUCACCGGUCGCUGUCUCCAGCAGCAGCGCCUAUCGGGCAACAAGGACCCCACCUCCGGGAUCCACCUGAUGUGCAUGACCGAGCACGUGGCGGACUACGUGUCCAGGUGUGGCUACGCCUCCAGUUCCCUGCUCAUCGCCUGGGAACAGAUCUCCGCGAUGCGCGCCCACCUCCUCGAGUUGAUCCUUUCGCUCGGCGGGAUCCUGCCCCCCAAGAGGAGCCACUGAAUCCCCUCUCCGUUGCCCCGCAUUCGCCCGACUUUCAAUCGUUUUUGCCAAAUCAAAUAUAA